CCAGAGUCGGGUCGCGGGGGCAUCAGCCUAAGUCGAGAGGCCCAGACUUCCCUCUCCCCAGCCACUUGGGCCAGCUCCUCCGGGGGAAUCCCAAGGCGUUCCCUGGCCAGGUGAGAGACAUAGUCCCUCCAGCGUGUCCUGGGUCUACCUUUAGGUCUCCUCCCGGUUGGACGUGCCCGGAAAACCUCACCAGGGAGGCGUCCAGGAGGCAUCCGGACCAGAUGCGAUAAGCGGUAUGGCAAAGAAAAAAAAGUUUUACUCUUCACAGCCACAGAUUUGGGGUGAUUAGAUUAGGUUUCCAUGGUGACUGUCUAAGCAGAUAAGGUAAAGAUAGAUGCUAGUGUAAGCUCAUGUAGCAGCAAAAAAUGCCAGCGAACUAAAAUUGAACGGGAAGCUAAACGAUCAUACGUUUGGUAUCAGCUUGAUGAAUCAAAACUAAAAUAUAAAAAAUGUAACAUCAAAUGUUUAAAAACACCUAGGUUGUUUAUCUGUUUUCCUGUAGGAGAAGAUUGAAUUCCUACUGAGCUGAUUUUCUUGUUUUCAGCAUCAACCUGAGGGAACGGGGAGAUGGAAGGAGCUCCACCGGUUCCAACAGCGACCGGACGCCCUGCAGCGCUGAUUAGAGCCCACGUGGCCGGUGUCAACAGGAGGUGGAUCUUGGCCGAGGCUGGAGGUAAAGUAUGCCUCUUGUGUUCAGGCUGCAGAGUUUUCUUCCACCCUGCUGUAAAACUGAGCCAGCCAGCUCAGAGGUGUGCCAAAAUGAGAUUCAGACUCUAGACCUAGCUGUAACGUUCUCAUGAAGCAGCACACAAACACCAAAUGGUGAGUUCUCUAACCUCCAACAGAAAAAAACAACUUAAAGAAAAGGGAGGGAAAAACCCUGAGUCACUUGGCUUCCUGUCUGAGAAAAGGAAGGGGGUGGAGGCAGUUUCUUCUCUGUCAGACAGUUGAGAGCCGUGCAAUAUUUAACAAAGUUCACAGGGGUGGAGUCCUGUUUUCUACACAGAAUCCACUCCAUUGCUUCAGAGCAGCCAUCAUAGUGUGCACUAUUGUGUACGGCUGAGGGAAGAAGAAAAAGAGGGAGCUGAGGGGGGGGGGAAGAAACCCUGACUCUUUGUGUGAGAACUCGGCAAGAAGAUGAUCCUGCGACUUUUAGUUUUUUUAUUCUGACUUUGUCACCGGACUCUUGUCUCCCAGCUGAAGCCAGGCUUGCUGUUCCUCUCGUGGCAAAGCUGCGUCUCACCAGAGGGACUUAUGAGAGCACUUCUCCGGCCGGUGAAACAGCGACACCCGGGCUUCUCCUGAUGAUGAGAGCCAACGUCAGGCUGGUUUCCAUGAAUAUUGAUGUGGAGGAUAGACCGUUUCAUAGAACAGAAGGAGGCAAGAUGGCUGCCCUUUAGGAUUUGUUAAAGAGGCGAUCCGGUCGGUUUGUUGGAAUUUCUACAAAGUGGAGGGACAUAAAAAGGAGGGACAAAGGGCAGCCCUGUGUAUGGACUCUGAGCAGGCCAGAUGGAAACAGAACAGGCCAAACAUGAGACGGAAGAAAGUCUGAUGUUGGCACAAUAUGGGACAUCUUGCCACCAUCCUCACAAACUCCAGAAUGGAACUCAGUCUUCAGAAAAAGAUUCUCUGCAGAUCAAUGAAGACUCAAAUUGGAUUACAAACACAGCACAUUACAAACCUAGCAAAGGUGUCAGCGCCAUGAAGAGGUACAGGGAGAACUGUGACAUCCCAUCUUUAGAACAGGGGCCGUGCAAGAUAAAUGGAGAUUUGACAAAUGGAGAGCUGAAUCAUGGAUUUACUGAGGAGUCCGUAUUGGUCCACCAGCCCAAGAAAAUGAAAGUAGAUGCUGAAAAUAAAGGAAACCCUGACAAAUGUUAUAAUUUGGCUAACAGCUUUUCUGAACUGGAAAGCAGUUCCCAACGGACAGAGAUCAAUUUUGAUAAAAGGAACUGUCAUAUUCCCAACGGAGAUAUUUUUUGUUUGCCACGAAAUAAACAAGUUCCAAAUGGGGAUGCAUCGUCCUCUUCAACCAUUCAAAGCACUCCGGGUGACCUGUUGGAAGAAACGCUGUCUCAGUAUUUUCCUGAGCAAGUGUCAAUUGCACCACAAACAUCCGAGUCACAGUUGGACACUGUGAUUGAAACAAUGGCCAAUCAGUUGUCUAAAGAAGGUGCACAGCCCCCUGCUCUAGCAUCAGGAUUCUCCAACUCAUCAAAUAUGUCUGACUCACAGCAGCCUGUGGCAUCUGCAAAUGGCAGAAACAAUUAUAACUCUGUCAACUACUCAGUAAAUGGAUACUCAAAUAAUUAUGAAGUAGGACAACAGCAGCAACACCACCACCUGCAAAAAACACCAUCUUACUCUAGCCAGGAGAUUGAUUUGGGGUCACCACAAGGCAUGAUUUCACUUUCAAAAACUGCCAGUGGUUCACAACAGCAUCCCAAUGGUGGAAGUUGUUUAGUAAAUGACACAAAGUCUCAGAGUAUACAUAUUAAAGCCAAGCAAGAGUAUAACUCUGUUAGAUAUGGAUCCUUCCACAAUUCUGGGAUACAGGAAAGUAAACAAAGUGAAAAACCUAACAAUGAUAAGCUUCUGCAUCAUGGGCCUGGUAGGGGACCACAAUAUGGAAGGCAAAUUCCAAAUUUCCAAGAAAAUGUUGGAAAGCAACAUAAAUCUGAUGGUUUGGGUCACGUGGGGUCUGGUUUUCAACACCACACUGGGUUGGAAAAUGGUAUAGAUGGCACAUCUCAACAGAGAGCUAACAUAUCAUGUUCGACUCCUAGUCAGACAGGCUGGAUAGAACGAAAUCCUCAUUCCCAGCAGCAAUCAACAAGUGACACAUCAUCUCAGCCACAAGAGCAGGACAUGUGGAGGGGCUUUCCUGGUAAGCCUCAGUCAGAACAGCUGGCCGAUGGCCCCCAAGUUCACAGCCAGUUACCGGAGCCAAACUCAGUGCAGAGAUACGGUAAAGAACACACACAAGGAAUUUUCACCAAUAGGAGCCAAAGGUUUAACAACGUACAGCAAGAACAACAAAACUGUCUAUCAUCUCCAAGGCAGAGUGCAUCAAUUCAGCACAACACUGCCCCUGAGUGGCAACAGUUAAGUCCUAAAAUUUCUCAAAUGCAGCAAACUUUUCUCCAGAAAAUACCUGAGCAGAGAAAACUUCUUCAAAAUCAGGAAGUAGACAACUGCUAUGAAUCCCAGCCAGAGCCAGAGCACUUAGAUGAGGAUAAGGACUUGCAGGAGAUCCUGUCUGCAGGUUUUGUAACAACACAGCAACAGCACUGCCUUCUUCAGCGCCCACUGUCCCAUCCGCCACAGUUUGAAGUGCAACAACUUAAGUCUCCCAAUUACAGACCUCACAGUCAGCCUCCACCAAGUCAGCACCAGCCUCAAACAGAUCAGCCUCACACAAACAGUUCAGCUCAAUCCAGCCAAGACAUUCAUCGCUUUGAGCCAUUGGCAUUCACUUUCAAUAACACAACAGAGAUGCAACAACCACAACCUCACAGGCAGUUUCCUUCAAACUCAGGCAGCAAACACCUCAAACACUUUCAACCACAGCAGCCUAACAACCAUUGCCAUGAGACCAACCAAGUGGAUUUUCCACAGACCUCUACACAGUCGCAACCGCACUUACCACAAGGGCUGGUAAACCAACAAGUGACAACGCAGAUGCAUCCUAAAGCUGAACAGCAGAUGAGGACCUCUUGCACUCAGUUCAAAACGGGACCUCGACUACCUCUGGGGCCAGGAGGGCCCCAUGGAGACUUUCAGAAGCAUGCAGCUCUGCGUAUGCACCUUUUACAAAAACAGGAGCGCCACGGUCCCCUUCAUCCUCCUCAUAGCUCCAGUGACCCUAAACAAACUACUAGAGGUGUGAAAAUGGAAAACGAGCCCAGAUUUGAAUCGACUGUUUCACAGCGGCAAGAGCAGCUGUUACAGAUGCAAGAGGGAGGCAUGGGUGGGAUUCAAAUCAAGCAAGAAAAUCAUCAGUUUCUGUGUGCUCAAAACAAAAAGCAGGGAAGUAUCCUGGCAUCUAUGGAGCAAAGUCUGAGGCAGUACCAGCUGUCACCUGUGUUUGAGAAGAAACCUCUUGUUAUUGGUUCAUCCAAUAAAGUCAAGGUGGAGUCUUCAGGGCCUGUAACCAUUUUGUCAACCAACACAGACAUGAAUGGGAUUGAAUCAGCUGCAGGCACCUCAUCCACCGUAGCUUUAAAAAACUCCACUCCUAAGAAGGAACAACUCUUAAAGAGUUUCAUAGAAUCUCCCAUGAAGCUACUGGAUACCCCUAUAAAGAAUCUUUUGGAUACCCCCAUGAAAACGCAAUAUGAAAUUCCGUCCUGUCACUGCGUUGAUCAAAUCAUUGAAAAAGAUGAAGGUCCAUAUUACACUCAUCUGGGCUCAGCCCCUAGUGUUGCUGGCAUACGGGAGAUGAUGGAGAAAAGGUCGGGUCUGACUGGCCACGCCAUCAGGAUUGAGAAAGUAAUUUACACGGGCAAAGAAGGGAAAAGUACCCAAGGAUGUCCCAUAGCCAAAUGGGUGAUUCGUCGAUCCAGUGUAGAGGAGAAAGUACUUGUCUUGGUGCGUCAACGUAAUGGUCAUAGAUGUGACACUGCCUGCAUUAUAGUGGUAAUCCUGGUCUGGGAAGGCAUCCAGACCAGUCUGGCUGACCGCCUCUACCUCGAGCUGAGUGAAACUCUUACAAAACACGGAGCCCACACCCAGAGACGCUGUGCUUUCAAUGAAGAGAGGACGUGUGCAUGCCAGGGAUUAAAUCCUGAUGCCGCCGGAGCAUCAUUCUCUUUUGGAUGCUCCUGGAGCAUGUAUUAUAAUGGCUGCAAGUUUGCCCGGAGCAAAGUUCCAAGAAGAUUUAAGCUACAGGGAGAUGAUGUUAGAGAGGAAGAAAGAAUUGAAAGAAACUUUCAAAAUUUAGCAACCUUACUGGGACCGUUGUAUAAAACUAUGGCACCAGAAGCAUAUGGAAACCAGGUAGAAUAUGAGCAUAGGGCACCAGAUUGUCGAUUGGGACUCAAAGAGGGUCGCCCUUUCUCUGGGGUCACUGCUUGUAUGGACUUCUGCGCCCAUGCCCACAGAGACCUUCACAACAUGCAGGGUGGCAGCACUGUGGUGUGUACAUUAACAAGGGAGGAUAACAGAGAAAUUGGGAAGAUACCAGAGGAUGAGCAGCUCCAUGUCCUACCGCUUUAUAAGGCUUCUACAACUGAUGAAUUUGGCAGUGAGGAGGGCCAGCAGGAAAAGAUGAAGUCAGGGGCCAUCCAAGUCCUCAGUGCCUUCCGCCGCCAGGUGCGCAUGCUAGCAGAGCCUGCCAAGUCCUGUCGGCAAAAAAAGCUGGAUGCAAAAAAGGCAGCUGCCAACAAGAAUGCCCUGCUGGAAGGUUCUAGCGAAAAGGCAGAAAAGGCCCUCCAGGCCAAGUCAAAAGCAAGCACUUAUGAGAAUGCUGUUCAGAGCACUCCAUUGCCAGGUGCUGUGGCAUCAGCCCUACAGUCAGGUCAUCCAUCGUUCCCCUUAGGGGUCCAGCCACAGCGACAUCAGCAUCAGGGCGUAUUUCCCCCUUAUCCUGCCCCAACAAAUGCUGCAAUCGCAAGGUUCUCCAACCAUACUGGGCCUUUUCCAAGCACUUCCAAGCCAGGCAGCAUGUAUUCUCCUCAGCCACCUUCACCAGCCAGCCCUUAUCUUUCUUCGUUCCACGUACCAAACUCUUACAUGAAUGGGACAAAUAGUCCAUACCCAAGUCCCCAUUGUAAUGGAGGGAUGCCCAUGGACAGUUACCAUACCCUCUACACCUCAAACCAAAAGCACCCGGACAUGUAUAGACAUCAGCAGCCAGCGCUUUACUCAGAGCAGCAGUAUGGCGUACAUCAGCAUUUUGAGGUCAGUUAUCCAAGAUAUAGUGAGCCAGGUUUACAAGUAAAUGGUUACAGUGCCAUUCAACCAGGUCAAGCCAUGACGCAUUAUAGUCCCUAUGGCCCUCACAGGACACCAGAUGCUCAAUUUAUCAACCCCCUGUCGAGAGCGCCCACUGCCCAUGGAGGGGCAGAUUUUGCACGUGCUGUGAACAAUGGCAAUCAGUUUGGGGGAUACCCAAAUCCAUAUCUGCCUCAGAGCCCGCACCUCCUACCCUCUGGUCAAGAUCCUUUCCAUAUGCAAAUCAAGACAGAGCCGGGUAUGCCUGGCCCACAAAUGCUUUCAGCUCAGUUCAGUGGUGGGUGUUUAAAUCCUGAAACACAAUCAAGUUUGGGUCUGCCUAACGGAGGUGUUUUGGGUUCCAACGUUAAGCAGGAGCCUGGGACACCUCAGACACCCACAGCCCCACCAAAGCCCGAGAUGUGGUCAGACAACGAGCACAAUUUCUUAGACCCCGAGAUAGGUGGUGUGGCUGUGGCACCGAGUCACGGCUCAGUCCUUAUUGAGUGUGCAAAACGGGAGCUCCAUGCCACAACACCGCUCAAAAACCCAGAUCGGAACCACCCAACACGCAUCUCCUUAGUCUUCUACCAGCAUAAGAAUCUGAAUGAGGCAAAGCACGGAUUGGCAAUGUGGGAAGCUAAGAUGGCAGAUAAGGCUCGGGAGAAGGAGGAAGAGGCAGAGAGGAAUGGUGGUGAGGGAACGCCUAGCAAGGGCAGCAAAAAGGGGGUAAAGCGUGAACACUCGGACUCGGAGGCCACCGGGGAACCUCCGUACAAGCGUUUUAUUAAAGCACUAAUGGAAGGAUCCUCGUCAUGCACAACGAACACGUAUGCCAUUACAACUCCAUAUGCAUUCACUAAGGUCACAGGGCCUUACAGCCAAUUUGUGUAGAAAACAACUCUGUUAAGGUGCUUUUACACGACACCAACAUCCAGGUUUUACCAGCAGCUCUGUCGUUCCAGCAAUCAAACGUCACAUUUACAUUAGGCCUUUUACCUCGUUCACAACCAAGCUCUUCUUCUGAUGUUUUUUUUUUCUUUUUACAAAUGUUGCAGUGUACAUACACACACACCCCCAAGUCAGCGGUGCUUUCAGUUUGAUUCAUAAACAUCUUUUUAGCUGGAAACUAUGUUUGAUUUUUGGUGGCUUAAUUUUUUGUACAAAAUUUUCAAGAUGCAAUUUAACUUAAAAAGAGAAACACUGAUUUUGUAAACAACAUAGUUCUCGGUGCUAAAGUCUGUGCUUAUUACAGUUUAUUUACACUCAAAUGCGUUUACACUAAAACCACUCUACGAGUGUCUCAAUGACUUCUGUGAAUUAGAACACCCGACUCGAAUCAUGAGCAUCAAAAAUAUUUAACAAGUCAGUGUUUCUUGGAGCACUUUUUGAUCAGUGUGAAUAAAUGUUUUAUAAUUCCUAGAAAUAGCAAACAAAAGCAGAUUAUCGUGAGUUUAUAACAAGGUGUUAUAUCACAACUGUCGUUUUGUUGGUGCUUCUUUCACAAACAGAUGCUGUCAAACUGUAAGUCGGAGUCAGUUAUACGGCGAGUAAACCUGGAAAAGGAUCAUGUCAGCGCCUGUUUUUACUUUUCCCUACAGCAGGUUUACCGAACAUCCUGCUUUGUGAAUAUUACAUGUAGUUUUAUGUCUGGUGCUCACUAAAUGUGCUUUUUAUACACUGAGGAACACAGAACAGAGUCAGCUCAGUGUCAGAGGGCAGCUGACUUGCUGUGGAAUAUUUAUCCAAUGUAAUCGAACAGCAAGGGAGGUGAGAUUUGUACAGUAAAUUAAUUCCAAUGUUGGAUUAUUGUUAAGAGUUUUAAUGUUGUAAAGCGUCGCAGUGGUCUAUUCUAUUGUUUUUCUUUUGGUUUCAACUGAUUAUUUCCUACGGUGCUACUAGAAAUGUACAAUGUGAGACUGUGUGGGCAAUGAGAAGGCUCUUAGUACAGUAUGAACCUGUCAUAUACCUCAAGACUAGUUGGGCAAUAGACUUUUCUACAUAUCUUUUAUUAUUUUACUACUACUUUCAGAUUUUUCACAGUUUGCCCACCAAAUGGCGCGGAAGUUCAUUUUUUACUUUCCAUUGCUGGGAAAGUACUACUUGAACUGUAAUUCUGUAAAAUCAGGGACAAUUUAAACUGAUUUUGGGUGCAUCUUUACAAUCUGCUUUCAUCAUCGCGUCUUUUUUCACUUUCAGGGACUCAUCUUUGCAUCCUGAAUCCCAAUAGCGUUCAUGUUUAAAACUGAUCACACAGAAAAGAAAAAGAAAAUUCUGUGACGCUAAAAUGAUGCUGUCCUGCAAAUUCUUAUUAGCUAGUAGGAUGGUGAAAAUUAAUCAGAACAAAUAUGCACUGAGUUGAUUAAAGGGAAUAUUAAUGAAAAUGUUAAAGCAACCUAUUCACUUUUACUGAGAGGCAAGACCAGGGCAGCGAUUGGUGUAGCUGCACGUCUAGUACGCAUGUAUAAAGAAAUGUAUUUAUAACCACUAGGCAAUUGAAUACCUAAUUUCUUCCCUAUAUUCCAUUUAACUGAUGCAAUUCUAUUGAAUUAGUCAAAUUAAUGUAAUCGUUCACGCCCAUUUUAUUCAUGUAUUCAUUUUCUGAGAGCACUUCAAUUCUUUUCAGCAAAAGAAGUAUGUAAAAAAAUACAAAUGCUUUAUUUAAAAUGAAAUUGUAUAUGUGUUAAAAAUAAAUUAUGUUAGAUUGUAAAUACAAGAAUUUGUAUUGCAGGAGUAAAACUCACUCUUUGAUAUUCAUGUUAGGUGCUUUUUUUCCCUGUCGGAUUAACCCAUUGUUCCUCAUUUAUAACCUUUAAAAAAAUUCAUAGGGGUUUUCCAGGUUAACGGAUUAUCCAGGAAGUUUUUGUAAAUAUUAGACUCUGUCAUGACAAUGUUUACAGUUAGAGGAUGAUACUAGCUCAGCCAUUAGAUGAUCUAGUUUCAUUAACUUUUUUUUGGGGGGGGGGGGUAAGUAAACCUACAUAUAAAAAUGUUGAAUUUUCCUGUACAGGACCCAGCUAGAGUAGCAGGUUGUUGCUGAGAAAGCCACGAUGCCAGAAGCGGGUUUAAAGCAUAGCCAUACUUGAAGACGUUUCUGAGUGAGUCAAGAUUUACUUGAAUGAUUUUUACUGGCUUAACUUGUGCGUUUCCUAUGCUCAGCUCAAAGGUUAAGCUGGUACUUCAUACGCGCGGUCUUUUGUUGCAGUUGGACACUAAAACGAAUAAUAAAUGAAACUAAAUUGCAACUUUUUGCAGUUUAACAUUUUAAAGCUCGAGUUCUCAGUUUGGUAUGCUAAAAGAAAAAAAUCUGAAAUACGGAUGGUUGUUAAUACUGUAAGUAUUGUAUUGUACUGGAUGCAGUUUAUUUGAAAGCUGUUUUAUUGUAUCAUUCCUGAUGUUGCUGAUAUGUGGGUGUUUCUGUUUUUAUUAAAACUUAUAUUUAUUUAAA